CGACUGAUUGGCCCGUCAUCUUAUAUCCACCUCACGAACAUGAACAAAGUACUGGCAGCAUUCAGCUUGAAUUCAGUAUGAGUGAAAAUGUCACUGCUAAAGCUCUUCAGUUGUCAUCUCAUAUUCACACUGUCUGUGUUCACUCUAGCAGAAAGUGCUAAUGAAUAUUACACAACCCGUUGGUCAAGAUGCAUCUACAGCUCACCUGACUACAGUGAUAUGGUGUAUAUAGACAGCUAUUAUUUUAAUAAAUAUCUAUUCACACAGUUCAACAGCACUCUAAAGAAGUAUGUGGGGUUUAGUGAGUAUGGAAUGAGAAAUGCAGAGUUCUGGAACAAUGACACCAGCAUUCUGCAGAGAGAGAUAGCUGAUGUUGAUCAGUUCUGCAAACAUAAUGCUAGAAAUCAUGACUCAUGUGUCCGUGAUAAAGCAGUGAAACCAAAGGUUAAGAUCAGUUCAGUGAAGCGUGCUGGUGGCAGACAUCCAGCUGUGUUGAUGUGCAGUGCAUAUGAAUUUUAUCCUCUACACAUCAAAGUGUCCUGGUUGAGAGAUGGUAAAGAGGUGACCUCAGAUGUGACCUCCACUAUGGAGCUGGCUGAUGGGGACUGGUACUAUCAGAUCCACUCUGAGCUGGAGUACACUCCUAAAUCUGGAGAGAAGAUCUCCUGUGUGGUGGAGCAUGCCAGCUUCAAUAAACCCAUGAUUUAUGACUGGGACCCCUCUCUUCCUGAGUCUGAGAGGAAUAAAAUCGCUAUUGGAGCUUCUGGUCUGGUGCUGGGAAUCGUAUUAGCAGCUGCUGGACUCAUUUACUACAAGAAGAAAUCAUCAGGGAGGAUCCUUGUACCUAAUUAAUGAUGAUCCUCAUACUGACUGCAAGUGGACUAAUAAUGAAGCAUUCACCAUUUAUGUAACUAUCAUACACAAUCCUAAUUUUUACAGUCCUUGAUGUUUGAUUUCUAAAAUUUAAAACAACAAUGAUAUAAAUAUAACAUCAAAUCAGAUACUUAUUUUUCAGUGAGCUUUAUGUGAAGAUCAUAUUUGAGCAUCUUACAGUAUGCAAUGCUGGCAGUGAUGUAUUGAAAAUGAUGUGUGAAAUAUAGAGAUAGUAAAGAUUAUUGUUCAAGUUUAUCUCAUGUUCACAAUAAUGUACAUAGGAGCAAAUAUUUGAUAAUGUUCAAAUGGAAACUCAUAAGAUGCAAGUCUUUAUUGCUAUGCUGAAUAAAUUACACCUGUACAAAUAAAGUUGGUGAGCAUAUUUUACUCCUCUUUCUUUAUCUUAAGAAAAUUGAUUAGAAGUGAAUGUAUAAACGUACAUGUAACUGAUCUUUGUAGGAAUGACAUAUUGAGAAAACUGUCUCUUAUGUCCCAAUUGCUCCUAAUGAGUUUCUUUAUUUAUGCUUUCAUUUCUCAAAGUGUUGAGAAGAACAUUGUCUUGAUUUUCAUCUACAUUUCAGCCAUAAAUAACUGUCAAAUUGUUUUAAAGUUGUAUGCAAACUAGUGCUGUCAUAAUUAGUGCGUUAACUCAUUUGAUUGAAUUUUUCAGUUUAAUGCAUUAAAAAUAUUUAACGCAAUUAA